UGGAAAAUGGAAACAGUUCCACGGGAGGAAAGUCUUCCUAUGCUGAUUGUGCAACUUCACUUCAUUCUUGUGGUCGAGCCAUAACCAUCUUGCUUUGUCAGAUAGAUCCUGCAGACAUGGCAUAUUCCCUUGUGGACUCCAGUCAAGUGUCUACUUUCCUGAUUUCUAUUCUCCUCAUAGUCUAUGGCAGUUUCAGGUCUCUUAACAUGGACUUUGAGAAUCAAGACAAAGAGAAAGACAAUAGCAGCGCAGCUGGGUCUUUUAAUGGCAACAGCACCAAUAACAGUAAGGGUAUUCAAACCAUUGAUUCCACCCAGGCAUUGUUCCUGCCGAUCGGAGCAUCUGUGUCUCUCCUAGUUAUGUUCUUCUUCUUUGACUCAGUUCAAGUUGUCUUCACAAUAUGCACAGCAGUCCUUGCAACAAUAGCUUUUGCUUUCCUUCUGCUCCCGAUGUGCCAGUACUUAACACGGCCUUGUUCGCCUCAAAACAAGAUUUCCUUUGGCUGCUGUGGGCGUUUCACUGCUGCUGAGUUGCUCUCAUUUUCUCUGUCUGUGAUGCUUGUACUUAUCUGGGUCCUCACUGGCCACUGGCUCCUUAUGGACGCUCUGGCUAUGGGCCUGUGUGUUGCAAUGAUAGCCUUCGUCCGGCUGCCGAGCCUGAAGGUUUCCUGCUUGCUACUCUCUGGGUUACUAAUUUAUGAUGUCUUUUGGGUCUUUUUUUCUGCCUACAUCUUUAACAGCAAUGUUAUGGUGAAAGUGGCCACGCAACCAGCUGAUAAUCCCCUUGACGUUUUAUCCCGGAAACUUCACCUGGGACCAAAUGUGGGUAGAGAUGUUCCCCGCCUGUCGCUGCCUGGUAAACUUGUAUUUCCAAGUUCCACAGGCAGCCACUUCUCUAUGCUGGGGAUCGGAGAUAUUGUGAUGCCGGGUCUUCUACUCUGCUUUGUCCUGCGUUAUGAUAACUACAAAAAACAAGCCAACAGUGACUCCUGUGGUGCUCCAGGACCAGGGAACAUCUCUGGACGUAUGCAGAAGGUCUCUUACUUUCACUGCACACUUAUUGGAUAUUUUGUAGGUCUAUUAACUGCAACAGUAGCUUCUCGUAUUCACCGGGCAGCCCAGCCCGCCCUCCUGUAUUUGGUACCUUUUACUUUAUUGCCGCUCCUCACCAUGGCCUAUUUAAAGGGCGAUCUACGUCGCAUGUGGUCUGAGCCUUUCCACUCCAAGUCCAGCAGCUCCCGUUUCCUGGAAGUAUGAUGGAACAGAUAGAAAGUGACCUGAACUUCUGCCUUGGUCCUUUUCACUUUAACUUGUGGCUUUGUCAUCUCCUAAAGCUGGACAGGCUGGUACUUGGGAAGGUACCAAUUGCAGGACUUGUAUGAAAGGACUUUGCAUUGAAAGGAGGAAAAAGAAAAAAGCUAAGGUUCUGGAGCUCCACGCGACUCCGUAUCUCCCUGCAGAUGUGGAACUGGGGACCCUUUGUGCAACUGCAGCCACUUUCCUCUUUUCCUCGCUCUAAUGGAUUAGUACCAGACUAUUACCUAUGUGAGAGAGGAAGAGACAGACUAGAAACUGAAAACGGCUUGAAGUCGUUCAAAAACUUGUGAACACUAAAAGAAAAAUGGUUAGGCAAACUGAAGCUUCUUCAGCAAACGCUCAUAUACAUUGGGACCAGUUUCCUGUUGGACUUCGGUUUUGAAGAGAACUGAGACAGAGGUCUUCUGUCACAAUAUUUUUUUUUUGAUUUAUUAAAUAUUUCCUGUGGUGUGAGGUUACUUAUUAAAUCCACAGACAUUGAGUGACUUCUUGCAGUAAACAUAUAAAAAUUUGUUGUAACAAGUUACGUUUCCACCCAGAUGUCAUGUUGCAGUGAAAAAGGGCACGAUUUUUAUACAUAUAUAUAUACACACAUAUAGAUAUAUAUAUGAAUAAAUAAAAAGGAAAACCUGCUAAGAUCAUGCUAUGUAGCAGACAGGGGCUUGCUGUAAUUUUUAGCAUGUAGAGCAGUUUACUCUGGCUUUCUUGUAUAUGAAUCUACAAUGAGCUGCUGUUUUUCUCCCCCUUCCUGAAACUGAACCUGCAGUUUAAAAACAAGUGUAGUAUUUGUCUUGGUUGUACUCACGGACUUUAGGGGAUAUUUGAUUUUGAUCAAUGUAGCAAACUAGGGAAGAAAAAAGUUGAAACCCACCCCUGUUGGUUUGAGGGGGGAGGGGAUGGGAAGGGUGUCUUUCUUUUUUUUUUUCUUUCUUUUUUUUUUUUUUUUUUACAAACAGCUCCCUUGCAGGUUUUUAGUAGAUCCUUCUUGACCCAGUGCAUGUAUUAUAGCAGCAAUUGUCUUUGUGCUUUCUGAUCAUAGUAAUGUAUCACUUGUAAAUACAUUUUUUCUAUUUUCUA